AUGCUGAGGAAGGGUAUUACAGAGAGCUUUGGUGUGGCCAUCCGGGCUCUUAACAGCACUGGGCUGACAGAUGGAGUGAUUAGCAGGAGCAAAAGGAUGAUGUUGGACACUCUGGGUGUAGGGCUCAUUGGAACUCGGACAGCUGUCUUCAACAAAGCUCUUACAUACAGCCAGUUAUUCGAUUCUAAAAAGAAGAGCUGCAUUUGGGGGAAAUCCAAAACACGUCUCCCAGCUAAUUAUGCAGCCUUUGUCAAUGGGAUUGCAGUUCACUCCAUGGACUUUGAUGACACUUGGCAUCCUGCCACUCACCCCUCUGGAGCAGUGCUACCUGCUCUACUGGCGCUGGCCGAGGUCCUGCCACGACAGCCCUCUGGACUGGAGCUAUUGCUGGCCUUUAAUGUGGGCAUUGAAGUGCAGGGCAGGCUGCUGGGCUUUUCCACAGAGGCUUACAACAUCCCUGAAAGUGCAGUCACUCUUUGGCUGUGGCUGCAUCCUCUGCAGGUGCCCCCUUGGCCAACGCUGCCACCCAAACCAAACCUCUCCACAUAG